GGGUACCCCUACCAAUUGGGAGAGUCUCGUAGGUGGGGGGAGACACUAUGGGUGAACGACAGUAAGGCACUACCCCCAGGGGUGUUCCUGAUAUGUGGAGAUCGGGCUUGGCAAGGAAUUCCCCGCAGAGCGGUUGGGGGACCGUGUUAUCUGGGGAGACUUACCAUCUUGACCCCGAAUCUCUCAAAGUGGUUAAAAUAUAAUUCGAAUGUGGGGGGUAAGCACAAAAGAUCGAUACGGCACCUGACCGAGGACUGUGGGGACGAGGUCCGGUUAUGGGGCGCUACGGUGCGUAUUUUUGCCUCCGUAAUAGCCCCUAUCAGAACAGCACAGGCAUUAAAGGAGAUCGAACGAUUAGCAUGCUGGUCGGUAAAGCAAGCCAAUGUGACUUCACAGCUACUGAUAGAACUGCUGAUGGAUGUGGAUGGAAUACAACACACAGUGCUGCAAAACAGAGCUGCUAUAGGCUUGUUACUAGCCCAGGAACAUGGAUGCCAGGAUGUUGAAGGAAUGUGCUGUUUCAACUUGAGCGAUCAUUCGGAGUCCGUGCACAAGAAACUACAAUGGUUGAAGUUACAUGCCGAGAAGAUAUCAAUACGAGAAGACCCAUUUGCAGAAUGGCUGCGGGGAUUGUUCGGGAACUGGGGCUCCUGGCUGAUUCCCAUAGUUAAAGGACUUGGUUUAGCCUUAAUCGCUGUACUUAUAAUCGUAGCUUCUGUACCCUGCUUUAUAAAUUGUAUCCAGAAAUGUUUGCAGAUAAACUAUAACUUAUAGGUGUUGCGAGCUAUAUGGGAUGUAACGGGGCAAGGCUUUCCUGCCAUGGGGAGGGGGAGAUGUAGGCGUUCGGAAACCUUCAGAAUGUUACGGGACAGAACCUCCCCCGGCACGUCAGUAGUAGAUAAGAGUAGGUGACACCCAAGAGAGGAUGUAACAAAGUAGAGACACUAUAAGUAGAAGUGUAGGAUGCAAUGAAAUUGCCAUUUUCCAGCAUGCCACAUUGAGUCUGGUUGUGCUGUUAUUGGCCCCUGAGCCGGGAUAGGCCAGGUUCGCUGAGAAGAGCCACACUCAUCGGUAUCCGAUGCAACAAUAUCCUAUUGCUGAGCUUCAUGCUACUCAAUAAUGUAGGCCAACAUUUUCAAAAACUGAAAUUCAUGUUCAACUGCCUAAAUAACAUCUCCCACGCAUGUGCAACUUCUAUUAGCACCUUCGCAUAUGUGAGUUCUUAAAAUUUCUGGUAAUUAGACGAGGUGUCCUCUUGACUUCUGACAUUUAACUUUAAUGUUUCUUUGACUAUCAUCUUUGCACAGUCGCAGCUCAGAGGCUACAGCACAAAUAGAAUGAAAAUAUUUUUCACUGCUUAUGUUCAGACAAGAUCCAUUUGCAUUUGUAAUGUCAUCUGUUUUUCAUAACGUUCAGUUUAGAAAGUUGUCAUUUGAUUAAACAGUUUGAAUUUGUCAAAACAUACAUGUUAAUCUUAUGCUUUAAUACUACAUUCACAAGUAAGAGCUUUAGCAAAAUAAGACACACAUACAAAGUCUGCUUAAACCACAGUAAGCCCACAGAGUCAACAUCUUUAAUAUAAUUUUUGAAACUGUUGACUAAAUUUUCUAAUAUUACUUCUUCUAGUAUCACAGCUGCACUGUUGCUCUCAACAGCUAUCAAACAUUUAAACAGCCAGCUUGUUAGCUGUGUUUUAUCAGAUGGUCUUUUAUAUUUCGUGUUUCCUACAUUUUUCUACAGGAUAUAGUAGAAGUGAAGUUUAAUAUCUUAAUGUCAAUGCUACUGUCACCACAGGCUGAGCAUAUCUUACCCUGUAUUUCUGCCUUUACACAAGCAUGCCUACACUGACGAGGACCAUGUGCUACAGUACAGUACAUGAUGCAGAAUGGCAUCUCAUUCCAGUCUGCUCAGUCCCAUAAAAAAUUACCCUCACCAACAACAAGUCAGUGAAGCCAGUCUUAUUUCUUGCCUCUUCCUUCCUUCCAUUGGGUUUAACACCGCAUUCAAGUUCAUGAGUGUUGUGACUCUGUUGAGGUAACCUGAGCACCUUAGAACGAUCAAUAGAUAAUACCGUGUUGCAAAAAAGACCUUAUGGAACUAUCACUGCUUUUUAAAUGGAGUCAUUACACAGCUACUGAAAAGCAAUGUCCAUUAUUUCACACCCACAGAAUGAUGAAUGUAAGCAGAUAAUUAAAUCAUGUCAUUGCUGUGCCCGGAAUAUUCUUAUUUAUAACUUUAUCUUUCCUGUUAAGAAGACAUGAAUCUCUUGUUCUGAGUAGAAAAUAAUUAUGCUUAAGCUUUCCUUUUGCAAAAAUCUCCAUAGAAGGAAAAUGACAUUAGAAACAAA